GGGGUUGGAGGCCACAGCCCAGUCUGAGGCCAGCAUGUCGAUGCAGAGGAUUGUGCGUGUGUCCCUGGAGCACCCCACCAGCGCCGUGUGUGUGGCUGGCGUGGAGACCCUUGUGGACAUUUAUGGGUCGGUGCCCGAGGGCACAGAGAUGUUGGAGGUCUACGGGAGCCCCGGGGUGGAUGUCUACAUCUCUCCCAGCAUGGAAAGGAGCCGUGAGCGCACUGACAACAGGCGGUGGCGCUUCAGCACAGGUUUGGAGAUCAUCGUGGUCAUGAACUCCCCCAGCAACGAGGUCAACGACAGUCACGUUCAGAUUUCCUAUCACUCCAGUCACGAGUCUUUGCCCCUGGCUUACGCGGUGCUCUACCUAACCUGUGUGGACGUCUCUCUGGAUUGCGACCUGAACUAUGAGGGCAGGCGGGACGGGAGCUCUGUGGACAAGAGGCAGUGGGUCUGGGGGCCCAGUGGGUACGGUGCCAUCUUGCUGGUGAACUGUGACCGAGACGAUCUGAGCUGCGGUCAGGACAACUAUGACCAGCACGUGAGCUGCCUGCAAGACCUGGAAGACAUGUCUGUCAUGGUCCUGCGGACCCAGGGCCCCACAGCCCUCUUCGACGACCACAAGCUUGUCCUCCACACCUCCAGCUAUGAUGCCGAGCGGGCCAGGGUCUUCCAUGUCUGCGGCCCCGAGGACUCAUGUGAGGCCUACAGACACGUGCUGGGCCACGACAAGGUAUCCUAUGAGGUUCCCCGCUUCCAUGGGGACGAGGAGCGCUUCUUCGUGGAAGGCCUCUCCUUCCCUGAUGCCGGCUUCACGGGGCUUAUCUCUUUCCACGUCACCCUGCUGGACGACUCCAAUGAGGACUUCUCCGAAUCCCCGAUCUUUACCGACACCGUGGUGUUCCGCGUGGCACCCUGGAUCAUGACACCCAGCACCCUGCCUCCCCUGGAGGUGUAUGUGUGCCGCGUGAGGAACAACACGUGUUUUGUGGACGCGGUGGCAGAGCUGGCCAGGAAGGCGGGCUGCCAGCUGACCAUCUGCCCGCAGGACGAGAACCGCAAUGACCGCUGGAUCCAGGACGAGAUGGAGCUCGGCUACGUCCAGGCGCCCCACAAGACCUUCCCGGUGGUCUUCGACUCCCCGAGGAACGGGGAGCUGCAGGACUUCCCUUACAAAAGGAUCCUGGGUCCAGAUUUCGGCUACGUGACCCGGGAGCCUCGAGGCAGGUCCGUGAGCGGCCUGGACUCCUUUGGGAACCUGGAGGUCAGCCCCCCAGUGGUGGCCAACGGGAAGGCGUACCCCCUGGGGAGGAUCCUCAUUGGGGGUAACCUGCCUGGGUCGAGAGGCCGCAGGGUCACCCAGGUGGUGCGGGACUUCCUCCAUGCCCAGAGGGUGCAGCCCCCGGUGGAGCUCUUCGUGGACUGGCUGGCCGUGGGCCACGUGGAUGAGUUUCUGAGCUUCGUCCCUGCCCCCGAUGGGAAGGGCUUCCGGAUGCUCCUGGCCAGCCCUGGUGCCUGCUUCAAGCUCUUCCAGGAGAAGCAGAAGUGGGGUCACGGCAGGGCCCUCCUGUUCCAAGGGGUCGUUGGUGAUGAGCAGGUCAAGACUGUGUCCAUCAACCAGGUGCUCUCCAACGAAAGCCUCAUCGGCUACAAUAAGUUCGUGCAGAGCUGCAUCGACUGGAACCGCGAGGUGCUGAAGCGGGAGCUGGGCCUGGCCGAGCGCGACAUCAUCGACAUCCCACAGCUCUUCAAGACCGAGAGGAAGAAGGCCAUGGCCUUCUUCCCCGACUUGGUGAACAUGCUGGUGCUGGGGAAGCACCUGGGCAUCCCCAAGCCCUUCGGGCCCAUCAUCAACGGCCGCUGCUGCCUGGAGGAGAAGGUGCGGUCCCUGCUGGAGCCGCUGGGCCUGCACUGCACCUUCAUCGACGACUUCACCCCGUACCACUUGCUGCACGGGGAGGUGCACUGCGGCACCAACGUGCGCCGGAAGCCCUUCUCCUUCAAGUGGUGGAACAUGGUGCCCUGAGCCCUCACCACCUGCCAUCCUCCCCCGGGGUGGGCAUCGCCCGGGUGGUGGAGACUGAGACAGGCCCCUAAACCAUAAGCAUCAAGAGACCCCGAGGUUCCAGAUGGAACACAGAGGGUGACCGUCCCCCUCAGAAACCUUUUCCCUAGACGUGCCCACGCCUCACCUGCAACCCGUUCGGUUCUCAGACUUGAAUCCUCUUGGCCUCUGAAAAAGGAGCUCGUUUCUUGUGUCCUCUUAGGAGGACCUACGUGACCCAUGGAGAAUCCCUCAAACACCCUCUCCCCACCCCCAAAUCCUCCAUGUGGGGGCACAUUUACACUGGAGUCUAGAAACUAUAUAUCUCAUCAGCCAUCUUGGCCUGUGUCUCCUGAGAGAGGAAGGACCUACGAUUCUGCUUUGGCCCGUUUGCCUCCUGCCCUGCAGACAUUCCACACGGGACGGGAGCAUUCUGCCAAAACCUCCCCCAUAAGGAGGGAGCUGGGGUCUAUUUACAUCAAGGUGGGAUCACCACUCCCACAGCCAAGCUCUUGAGCAGAUGCUGCACCCU